AUGGGAACUAUUUUUGAUUCUAUGGAGGUAAUUGAAAACGAACGGAUAAAUUGCAUUGAUUGUAGCGAAUUUACGGAUCCAGAAAAUAUUGCUGAUGGUGUUUAUAAACUAGAAUGGAAAAAUUAUGGGAUGCCAGUUGCUCGCAAAUGUAUAAAGGCUAAAGUAAAUCCAAAAGAGGUAAGCUUUGUAGUGUUCAGAACCGAUUCAUAUUCAAAAUCAAAGAAUCAUUUACAAAAUGCCGAUCGGGAUGAAGGAUCAGUUCUCAAAGCUUUAACUUUUAUUAGAUUACAUAGUCAUCCUCGUCAAAUGGGAAUAGUUUGUGUAUUUCACAAAGCUUUGUUUAUUUAA